AUGGAUUUUAACGAAAAAGUCAAAGAGAUUAACUCCCUAUUGGAGCAGCACAACACGUUUCGCGGAGACUGUCUAAAUCUUAUUGCCUCUGAAAAUGUUCCGAGUCCGUUGGUGGAGAGGCUGCUGGUCGAAGAUUUGGAUCAGCGUUACGGGAACUACAGCGGUAUUGACCUACGGACGCGCUUUACCAAGGGAAUCGGUUCAUCGUCCAGAUCGAGGAAUGGCGCAGGAACUGGCAAAGCAACUCUUCGGCGCGGCACGAUUGCGCUCAUCCAAAAGCAUCGCCCCAAACUGGUAACGAUUGGGUCGGGGGUGUUUCUCUUUCCGCAGCCGGUGCGCGAACUGAAGGAAGCGAUGAACCGAUACGCUCCCGAUUCAUACCUGAUCUAUGACGCCGCUCAUGUCAUGGGGCUUAUCGCCGGCGGACGGUUUCAGUCACCGUUGGCGGAAGGCGCGGACGUGAUUAUUUCCAGCACACAUAAGACCCUCGCUGGACCGCAAGGUGGGAUAAUCUUGACGAACGACAGAUCUCUCGCAGAACGGAUUGGUCCUGCGGUUGCCCCUCUGCUUGAGAGUAACCAUCACCUCGGUCGCUUGCCGGCGUUAGCGGGGACAUUUCUGGAGUGGCUAGCUUGCGGUGCGGAACAUGCGGACGCAAUCAUUAGCAACGCAAAGGCGUUGGGGCAAGCGUUGCAUGAGCGGGGGAUUCGUUUGUCGGGCAGGACACUUGGCUUCACGGAAUCGCACACAUUGAUACCGAUUGUUGACGAAUUUGGUGAGGGCAAAGCGAUGGCAGAUCAGCUUGAGGCGUGUAAUAUCAUCGCCGGUGCGGCGAGUGUUCCGCCGGAAUUGGGGACGCACGGCUUACGGAUUGGGGUCCAAGAGGUGACCCGACGCGGUAUGACAGAGGCGGAUGUGCCGGAGGUUGCGGAUUGCAUCGUCGAUGCGUUGAAGGGAGAUGAUCUCGAAGGUGUUAAACGUCGGGCGACUGCGUUGGCGGGACGAUUUAAUCAGAUGCGGUUUACGCUGGAAGGCAUCUGA